CCAUCUUCUGCCUAGAACAUUAGCUCUGUCCAUCUUUGAGUAUCUUCAUAUCAGCAAAGGCAAUCCUACUACCAGCCGGCAAUCAUGAGAAUCCUUUUCUUCCUCAUUGCUGUUCUCGUCUUCCUCUUCCAGACUGCUCCAGCUUACAGCCAAGAAGCUGCUGACACCUUAGCAUGCCGGCAAAACCGGGGCUCCUGUUCGUUUGUUGCAUGCUCUGCUCCUCUGGUUGACAUUGGGACCUGCCGUGCUGGGAAGCUGAAAUGCUGCAAAUGGACACCCAGUUCCUAGAACUGACACCCCACUGACCACAGAGACAAGAGCUCUGGGCAUCGGAGACAUCUCUCAUCUUUUGACAUCAAUGGAUUGCAACCUUUGUGCAAGCCUGGAGAGCCCUUCCCAUGGGGAUGAAGACACUCAGGGGCACAAGAUCUGAGGAGGAGUUCUUGUACCCCAAUAAAGAGAUUUGCAGCUUCAGUUCUAAUAAAAGCAAGUCACUGUGAAACCGCA